AUGCAUGGCACAAAUUACAUACCUGGUAAGGUCUCCAAAUGUCUAAAGAAGAGGGGAAGGGAGGAUGUUGGUAGCUCAUUAAAUGAAGGGUUAAUAUCAGAGAUUUUAGAGGAUGCUAACUUUUUUGAGAAUGAUGACAAUGCAUAUGGACAGGAAAAUGAUGAUGACACAUUGGUUGCUUCUACACAGAAACAGUUUCUGAUGCGCUUAAAGGAUUAUGUACGCAAUCGAGCCUAUCCCGAGGGCUCGAUUGCUGAAGGAUAUAUUGCUGAGGAGUGUUUGACAUUUUGCUCGAGAUAUCUCGAAGGUGUUGAAACUGCUCUCAAUCGACCUCCAAGAAAUUUUGAUAUUAUAGAGAAUGCAGGAAUUUACAAGUUCUCAUCUGCGGAAAGAGUUUUAGGGACAGUUAAAAGUGUUGUUCUUGACCAAAAAUCAUUAGCACAAGCACAUCGCUAUGUGUUACUUCACAGUGAUAUAAUAUCCGAGUAUCGCAGGGAAAAGGCUCAAGAUACUUAUUCAGCAGAAGACAUUAGAGAAUUUCAAGAACAUUAUCCUAUUAUCUUCGCCACAGGUAACAAAAUGCACCGAGGAAAACGAUUCAGAGAUGUGGAGUUCCAGCAGUCUCAGGUGGGAUCUUCUUCUGCUCAGUCCAUGCGAUCCCAGCAGCCCCAGCAGCACGAGUCCGAGUCUCAGCAUGAGUUCCAGUCUCAGCAACAUCCAGGCCAGGAGGUUAUGGAUGACUUGCAUAUCCAAGAUGAACAAGUGAGAGUGAGGUUGACACGGGGUUCCUCUCGAGCACGGGAUGUGUGGCAACUUCGUGAGGAUGAGAAGAUGGUCGUCGAAUGCAACGAACUAGGGCAGCCCAUCAAGAGGGCUGGAAGCGUUUUAUCAAGUUUCUUGGGAUCAGUUGCGCGUAGGGGUCAGUUGUGUCCGCUCAACUAUCAUAAGUGGAAUGAUAUGCUUCCUUCUUAUAAAGUUGAGCUUCUUAAAUUUGUACAGAAAAAGUUUGUGCUCCCUCCAGAGAGCCAUGAUUGGGUGCUAAAGUCCCUCAACCGCAAAUGGAAAGAAUAUAAGUCGAAGUUGAAGGCCGACUGGAAGCGCGAGGGUAUGACAGAGGAGGAGGUUGCUCGUGUUUGUCCUCCUGGUGUAUACCAUCAUCAGUGGAGGGAGCUUGUUCACUAUUGGUUUUCGGAGAGAGGACAGACAUAUUCUGACAUUGGUCGAGCCGCACGAGCAUCUCAGACAAUUCCUCACACUUCAGGCUCGAAGAGUUAUGCGAGGCUCAGAGCUGAAUUAAUGGAAGACCAUGGGAGGAAACCUGGUGAGGUGGAGUUCUAUAAGAUGACUCACACCCACCGAGAUGGCAGCUUUGUCCGAGAGGAGUCGAGAGAUAUAGUUGACAGAGCUACAUCCCUUAUUUCAGAGCGUAUCGGAGAGUCAUCUUCAAUCGGCAACACCAGAGGUGUCGAAGCUCAGGUGUUUACCGAGUUGAUGGGCUCGGAGCGUUAUGGACGAGUGAGGGGUUAUGGCGUUGGAGUUACCCCCACUCAGUUGUCUGCAGUGGGUAGAUAUACUCAAGAUGUUAGACAGAGUAGUAGCACUGCAGAGGUUAAUGAUCUGAAGGCAGAGAUAAAAGAGUUGAAGCAGAGCCACCAGACAGAGAUGCAAUCUUUGAGGGCUCAGAUUAAUCAGAUUACAUCUUUGUUGCAUCAGUUUGUCCCUCCUCAGGUUCCUGAUAGUUCAUCUGCACGUAGAGAUGGUGAUGCUAGCGACCCCUGAAGCAUUUAUUUUGGAGUUUAUAUGUAUUUUUUUAUGCUUUUUGAAGUACAUUGUUUUGUACUUCCUAAAUGCUGUCUUGUUGCUCUUCUCUUCUAACAAUGGAAUUUUGACUCAUCAAA